UGUAAUGGUGGAUUGAGUAUAACAUUUCUUUGCCUUAAAAGUUGUUCGAAGUUUUUAACCAAUUCAUCAGAACAGUUCUGUAUUCAUAUGGAACUGCACACAGGAGAAGAGCCAUACAAAUGCGAGGUCUGUGGGGCUCAUUUAUGCCGGAACUUUGAUUUAAAGCGUCACAUGAAAGAACAUUUAGUAGAGAAACCAUAUAAAUGUGGUAUGUGUGAUGCUGCUUUUUCUCUAAAAUGUGUUUUAAUGGAACAUCUUAGAAUACACACAGGAGAGAAGGCGUACAAGUGUGAUGAGUGUGAUGCUGCAUUCUCUCAGAAAGGUAAUUUACAAUCGCAUAUACGGAUACACACUGGAGAGAAGCCAUACUCGUGUGAGUUGUGUGAUGCUGCUUUCCCUCGGAAUUCUGCAUUACGGAGACAUGUAAGCAUACACACUGGAGAAAAGCCAUACUCGUGUGAGGUGUGUAAUGCUGCUUUCUCCCAGAAAACUGAUUUACAUAAACAUAUAAGAAUACACACAGGAGAGAAGCCAUUCAAGUGUAAGAUAUGCGCUGCCGCUUUCUCUCGUAAUGGUUGUUUACAACAACAUUUAAGCAAACAUACAGGGGAUAAGCCAUAUCAGUGUGAGGUAUGUGAUACUGCUUUCUCCCGGAAAGGUCAUUUACAACAACACAUGAGAACACACACAGGAGAGAAGCCAUACAAGUGUAAGGUGUGUGCUGCUGCUUACACUCGGAAUGGUGAAUUACAAAAACAUAUGAGAAAACAUACAUGAGAUAAAUCAUAAAAGUGUGAGGUGUGUGCUCCUGCUACAAGUGUAGUCCAAACUACAUAGCUGGCCAUUAGCAUUUUUCAAAUGAAUCAAUAUCAAUAUAAGUUUACUUGUGUAUCAGUAAAGCAUAGACUUGAUAUAUUCGACAAACUUAUUGCUCCAAUUUUGAAUAAUACAGGAGUGGUUUGGGGUUUUGUCCAAGGUAAUGCAGUUGAAUGAGUUCAUCUUCAAUUCUGCAAACGUCUACUCGGCGUCCAAAAGACAUACAGAUUGACUUCAUUUUCAAAGAAUUUAAUAGGAAGAUUAAGCUUUUUUAACUAUUAUAUAUAUAAAUAAAAUUGAAUAUUUGUUAAAACUAUUGUAUAUAGAUAAUAAUAAGUGCAUAAAAAGGUUUAUAUUAUGCCUAAAAAUGACGUGGACAAACCGAAUUGGUGUUCACUUACUUAAGACCUUCAUUGUAGUUUAGGCUUAUUAGAUGCAUUGCUUUAUCAAGAAAUAGGUAAUCUUUAAUUAUUUUUGUCAUUAGUAAAACAGCGGCUGUAAGAUAAUUAUUCUGGAUUGACAUGGAAGACUUCAUGCAUCGACUACAGCUAGAUUUUAUGUAAAUGUGUAGUUUUAGACUUCAGCCAUACCUCGAAAUAUUGAAUGUUACAAAGUUCCGUUAGUCUAUGUCUAAAUUGUGGCUAUCCAUAGUUAUUGGUUUUUAUUCACCUUCAUGUUUGCCUUAUAAGAAAAGUAAUGGUAGUACACUGGGAUUUGGCCAACCUCAAAGAAAACUAAAUGUAUAAUUUUUGGUGUUACGUAUCUACAAAGGCAUUUCUUAACCACAUUAGUCGAUUAUGAAUUAACGUUGAAGACACCAAUAUAUAUUUGUACUUGCAUUUCAUUGUGGUUUUGCGAUUUCUUAAUGUUUCUAAGAUAAAGAGUUACAAUCGGUGUCAUUUCUUGUGUUUUAAGAGAUGGGAUCCACUGAAGGUUGUUUUCAGUUGCUGUCCAAGCUCACCGAUACAAUUACGGCGAGCUUUUUUGUUCUGAUAAUGUUGUUAUAACAUUGCCAAUAUUUUUGUUAUUUUUUUUCAAUAAUCAUUAAAUAUCUCCAUAUAACAUAAAUAGAACUAGUGCAUACCGGAAAUAAAACCGCUAUAUACUUAUAUAAUGAAAUUAUGCUCCCCGGUAUUUGUUUUGUGUAAUGUGCACAAUGCUUGUUACGUUUUGUAAAUUUACUAUGAAUAAAAUAGUUAAGCGGA